CAGAGCUGCGACAGACCUCUGAUCGGAUGCUUUUCAGCUGCAUCAAAUGUUACAGGAAUUUUAACAGACGUUGAUGCUGUAGCAGCUUGUUUGCAUCGACAUGGAGCUUUGGCAUUCUUUGAUUAUGCAACUGCAGCGCCGUAUGUUGAAAUAAAUAUGAAUCCAUUGUCACUCAGCUCAACAGAAGACUUGAUCCACAAAGAUGCUGUAUUUGUCUCACCACAUAAGUUUGUUGGUGGCCCAGGAACCCCUGGGCUUCUUAUUGCAAAAAAGAAUUUAUUCAGGAAUCCUGUACCUUCCCAAUCUGGUGGCGGCACCGUAUUUUAUGUAACACAUCACACUCAGAGGUACCUGAAGGAAAUCGAAAUGAGGGAAGAAGGAGGGACACCCGCCAUUGUGGAAUCCAUACGUGCUGGAUUGGUUUUCCAACUAAAGCAGGCUCUGAGUCAUAAAAACAUAAUGGAGAGAGAAGAAGAAUUAGUAAUGCGGGCUCAAGCGUUUUGGAGAACAGUGCCAAAUUUAAUUAUCUUGGGUGACGGUCCUGCAAAAAGGUUGCCAAUAUUCUCAUUUGUCAUACUUCACAAAGAUUCUGGAAGACUUCUUCACCAUAAUUUUGUUUGCACUGUUUUGAAUGACGUCUUCGGUAUCCAGGCUCGAGGAGGGUGUGCUUGUGCUGGACCCUAUGCUGAGGACUUGCUUGGAAUGGACGAGAAUGUUGCAUUAAAGCUGGAAGAUCUUAUUCUGGAAGACCAGCGGUUGGACAGACAUCAUCUUCGUAGAUACAGGGAAUAUUCCGAACGAGAAUUAUUGAGGCCUGGCUUUGCACGGCUGAAUCUGCCGUUCUUUAUGUCAAAUGAGGGAAUCGAAUUUAUUCUAAAGGCCGUUUCCAUGGUCGCUGAGCAUGGGUGGAAGCUACUUCCAGAUUACAACAUGAACCCCUCAACUGGUGAAUGGAGACAUUGGAAGAACAUGGCCUUCAAGGACCGAAAGUGGCUCAGUGGUAUCAACUAUAGAAAAGGUCAAGUUGAUUAUCCUUUAAGCCCGAAAAGAAAGGAAUGUACACCAUCUUAUCAGACAAGACUUAACAAUGCCGAGAGGAUUUUCGAAGCUGCACAAUCAAAAAAGGUUAACAGAAAACUAGGUGAUCAGAGCCUAUUUUUGGGAGAAGAUGGCGAAGAGUACAGAUGGUUCCUUUUGCCAAGUGAAGCUUCUUUAUACCUGGCGGGCAAAGAACCCACAACUAAACAAUUCCAGAUGCCUUUCUUUCCACGUGCGAGCGUCAAAGAGAGUAAAAUGAAGUCAAAACGACCCUCCCGAUCAGCGUACAAUCCUCAUGUCUGUGCCACCUGUGGAGGAGCGAGGUCGUUGACUAAUGAUUUGCAAGAUGCAAACAUUGCCAAGGACGUUGCUGCUGAUGGAAGAUUUUCAUUCGAGAAAAAGAAGGAGGAAUCACAAACUGGAACUCUAGGAGACAGUGGUAUUUGUUCUGAUGAAGCAAUAGCAGCAAAUUUGUCGGAUGAUUUAAAAAAUGACACCAGGGUAAAGACAGUCCCGGCUGGGGAUAUUGCUGAUGGCUGUGAAAGCAGAGAUUUUGAGAAAAGCAUCAAGAAAACGUCAAGCCCAACCAGCAACAGCAGUGAUUCACCAAAAUUGCAUUUCAAGCUAGACCACAGCAUAGUGAAUGCUGUCGGAGACACCAAUGAAGAAGCGCCAAUCAAAUACAAAGUAACCCCUGAUGAAGCGUCUACUCAGAAGCCCAUAUGCAGCCAGAGUGGAAGAGACGGGCUAGUGGAAACAACAGGUGUAGAGAAGAAAUUAAAUGGAAAGCAUAUACGAUUCCAACAUCCGCCAAAAUCAAUAUUCACUCCAGUUAUUCAGGCAAUCGAAGAGUUUUCAAUGAUAAAUGACGGAGACAGAGUUCUUUUAUGUCUCUCUGGUGGUAAAGAUUCUCUUUCGAUGUUGCAUGCAAUUCGACAAUAUCAGUUUUACGCCAGGCCAAAGGGAAUCAGUUUUGAAUUUGGAGCAAUGACAGUUGAUCCAAAAAGCAGUUCAUACGACCCGAGUCCACUCAAAGAAUACUUAGCCAAUCUUCAAGUUCCAUAUUUUUAUGAAGAGCAAGACAUAAUUUCCCAAGCGGCGAACCUCGCAGUUUGUGAAUCGAUAUGCGCAUUCUGUUCACGAAUGAAAAGAGGUCGGAUGUAUGCUUGCGCCAGACGUGAGGGUUACAAUGUUUUGGCGAUCGGACAACACCUGGAUGACAUCGCCGAGAGCUUCUUGAUGUCAGCGUUUCAUAAUGGGCUGCUAAGAACAAUGAAAGCUAGCUACACUGUCGCGGAUGGCGAUCUGAAAGUCAUUCGUCCACUCCUAUAUGUACGCGAGAGAGAUUUAAGGCAAUUUGCCGAACAGGCAAAGCUGCCUGUUAUACCAGAAAAUUGUCCGGCAUGUUUUGAAGCACCAAAGGAGAGACACCGAACCAAGCAGCUUCUCGCACAACAAGAAAUCUUAUUCCCUAAUCUUUUCUCAAGCAUCCAGACUGCAUUGAAGCCUCUUUUCUCUAAGAGCAGGACAGGUUUGGAGUCAAAUAAGAACAAUUCCGAUAAUUUUGAUGACUUUUUGGUAUAGAGAAAUUAAUUAAACAUUCAUCUUGGGUUGUUUUACUGCACUGAUGGAAAAUGUUGACGGUGCCCUGUCUAGGUGAUCGGCAAUACAAAAAAGCAGAAGCAUCUAGGUAAUUAAGCAUAAUCAGCAAAAUAUUUGCUCGUUCUAGAAGGAUUUUUUACGCAGGAUGCAGUAAAUGUAAGAAAAGAACAAGACAUCUCUCUAAAAAAAUAAAUACCGUUUUUAUGAUAAUGUACUUUUUUAUAGCCUGGCUCUAAUUUUAUCAAAAGCAACUAUCUCACAAUUUUUAAACAUUAAUAGUAUUUAAAAUUGCAGAAUCGAAACAGCAGAAGUUAACCUUGCGUUUGGAAUGUUUUUUAAAGCAAACUGCCAUGAAUGCUUCGAAUUUGCUCUUCUUUUUCAUUUCUGAAAAAAAUUUCCCCAUUAUGAUGUUAAAGACUCUCUCUUAAAAGAUCAAGUUACUUUGAAUCAGAGCAUGAACUAUUAAAGGUCAUAUAAAAAGGAAAUUAGGUAAAUAUUAGAAAAUCGAUAAUGCUUAUUCAGCUGCCAAUUUUAUCAUAUAUUUAUCUAUACUAGGUAGUAUUAUAACAAUUAUUUAUAUAAUCGCUCUGCAUUUUAAAAUCUAGCUUUGAAAUAUUAGGAGCAUUUUCAACUUUAUGUUGUUUCUAGCCGUUCGUAUUUGAGCUAUUUUAAGAUAGCGUUUAAUUUCUUGGUAUUUUUACUCUUAAUUUUUUAUCAAAGAUGUCUCUAACUUUUUUCACAUAUUUUUGGCUUAAAAGAAUCUUUUUCUUUUGCUUUCAAUUCAAUUCAAAGUUUAUUUAGAUAAAAAUUGUCAUACAAAUUACAAUGCUUUAAGCCUUUAUUUAAUCAAUAUGAUAAUAUCAAGUACAAAGUUAAACGCUUAAAAGCCAUUUUAAUCAAACCAUGACAGGAAAUUACCUGCAUAUCAGCUGAAUUAUUUCUUUGUUAAGCUAUUGACGUUAGUUUUGGCAUUUGGUAGGCUUCAAAUUGUAGCAUGUUGUACACAUUUGCAGAAGUGCUUUUUCUUAUGUAUCAAAUUUUUAAUCUAUAAAAGAUAUUCUCGUUUUGAA